UGUCGAAUAAAAGCAAAUGCAAGAUUUAAGCCCAUUCAGAUUAAUGCAGGCUGUUGUCCGCACACACCUGACUGGUUUGAUCUGCCCUGGUUACCUCUAUCGGAUAUUUUACCUACCUGGUUAUCUUGUUAGUACGUGUUUCAGCUGUUCUAUCUACGAAGAUGAAGGCGUUAUAUUUCACAAGUGUCAUUUUUCUUGCAUUUCUUCUCCAUAAAACAGAGUGUAAAGUGUUAACAAGUCAUGUGUGUGAGUAUUAUAAUCCUGAGUGUGGCUACAACUGUCCUCGCCUACAGAAGUGUGCAGUACACCAAGGAAAGAUAUCGCACUGCUUUGCUCUUUACAGUGAUACACCUAAUGGCGUGAAGGUUCUUCGCAAAGGCUGCUGGUUACAAAACCUGUUGUUUUGUCCUCUUGAUUUCAAAUGUAGCACGAAGCCAAUCACUAACAAACAUGGUUUGCAGUUCUGCUGCUGUACUGGAGAUAAAUGUAACGCUAAAAUAGACUAACUGUGAAAGAAGACAGUGGAUUAAACGCUUGGUAGAUAGGCAAAUAAUUCGUACUCGGAUCCCUGGGCCCUACAGUCUGUAUGACUAAGACAAGCGGAUCACGAGACACGAGAACAAAGAUGAGGUACCUGCCAUCAUGAAGAUAGAUUCUAGUACUAUUGAAAUGUCAAUAAUAAUCAAUAUUUAUUGAUUUUUAAACCAACAUGGAAAUAAAUAAAAAACUCUUAAAAUUUC